UCUAAAUUUCAGAAAGUAUGGCCGAUGAGCCGACCAACUGGACGGAGCACAAAGCUCCGGACGGUCGGACGUAUUUCUACAACAGCUCCACCAAAGCGAGUAGUUGGGAGAAACCUGACUGUUUAAAGUCUAGUAUAGAGAUGUUGCUGGCUCAGUGUCCCUGGAAGGAGUUUAAAGCGGAGAACGGAAAGACCUACUUCCACAACAACGAUACCAAGGAAUCAACAUGGACCUGUCCCAGAGAACUUCAGGAUAUCAAGGAUCGUAUACUGGAAGAGCAAAGUAAUGGAAGUGGUCCAGCUGGCUUGGAUAGUCCUGCGCAGAACAAAUCCUCUGCACUGGAUGCAGCUAUGGCCGCCACCCUGGCUGCCUAUAAACCGUCUGAACCCCGUCUCCCCCCUUCUAUUCCGGAUAUUCCUAGACCUCAGGUUUACAGGGACAAACGAGAAGCCAUGGAGGCACUGAAAGAUCUAUUAAAGGAUAAGAACGUACCUAGCUCCGCGAACUGGGAGGUUGCCUUGAACCUGAUCAAGAAGGAUCCCCGCUGGGAGACCCUGAGUAAACUCUCGGAGAAAAAGCAGGCCUUCAACUCCUAUAAGAUACAGAAGCAGAAGGACGAAAAGGAAGAGGCGAGGCUCACCUCGAUCAAGAACCGAGAGGACUUGGAAAGAUUUCUCUUUGGAACUGACAGGAUGUCCUCGACAAUUAAAUAUUACAAGUGUGAAGAAAUUUUCUCCGAUCUCCCUCUGUGGAAAUCUGUGCCGGAGGUUGAACGUCGAGAAAUAUUCUCCGACGUGGUUCACAACCUGGCGAAGAAGGAGAAGGAGGAGGCGAAGAAUCUACGGAAAAAGAAUAUGACCCGUCUGGCCGAUAUUCUGGAUAAAAUGACGAAAAUCGAUUUCCAGUCAACAUGGGAGCAGGCUCAGCAAAUGCUCCUGGAUAACCCCGCUUUCGCCGACGACGACGAGCUUCUUGCCAUGGACAAAGAGGAUGCUCUUAUAACAUUUGAAGAUCACAUCAGGGAACUGGAGAAGGAAGAGGAUUUGGAGAAAGAAAAAGAAAAGAAGAGAGUGAAGAGACAGCAGAGAAAGAACAGAGAUGCAAUGAUAUCCCUGCUUGACGAGCUACAUGAGCAGGGUAAACUGACCAGCAUGUCUCUCUGGGUUGAACUUUACUCUGUUAUAUCUCAGGACUCUAGAUUUCAUUCUCUACUUGGUCAGCCUGGCUCCACCCCCCUGGACCUUUUUAAGUUCUACGUGGAGGACCUCAAGGCCAGGUUCCACGACGAGAAGAAGAUCAUCAAGGAUAUUCUGAAGGAGAAGGACUUCGAUAUGACGGCGGAUACGUCCUUCGAGGAUUUUGCGACAAUAGUCUGCGAAGAUAAGAGGUCGGCUACCCUGGACGCCGGGAAUGUGAAGCUGACCUACAACGCCCUGCUGGAGAAGGCCGAGUCUAGGGAGAAGGAGAGGUUGAAGGAGGAAGCAAAAAGAUUUAAGAAAAUUGAGUCGGAAAUAAGAUCCCUGCUGGUGGACAUGAAUAUAGAUGACAUGAAUUCCUGGGAUGAUGUUUGGAACAAGAUUAAAGAUAAAUCUAUUUGUAACUCAUUGUCCGAGGCUAAAGCAGAAUCCAUUUUCAAGGAUUAUAUCCGUGACGUGGAAGAAACUUGUCAACAUAAUCACGGGAAGAAAGCUAAGAAGAAGAAUAAGAAGAAGAAGAAAGCAAGUGAAAGCAGCAGUGAAAGCGAAGACAGAAGAACUUCAAGGAAAAAGAAACACAGACGUUCAGACUCGAGUGAGAGUGAAAGUGAGAGUGAGCAGGAACGUAAGAAGAAGAGGAAGAAGAAGAAGAGAGCUAGAUCUAGGAGUGAGAGCAGAUCUCCGUCUAGUGAAGAGGAGUCACGCUCCAGGAAAAAGAAGCGAAGGACCCCCUCUCGAUCUCCCAGUGGGAGGCGGGACUCCCCGUCCCCGCCUCCUAAACGUGAGAAGCGCUCCCGUACUCAUGACAGCGCGGAGGAGGGAGAGCUAAGUGAGGAGGAGCUGGAGAGGAAGAGAAUGCAGCUCUUGAAGCAGCUCGAACAAGACGAUGACUAGAUCAGCUGCUUCUGCAGCUCCUGGAGGACGACUAGAUCAGCUGCUUAUUUUAAUAACGGCAGCAGUCCACCAGACAAUGUAGAAGUUACAUAUUAACAACUGCAUUUUACCUUCAAAAUAAUGUUACCAAUUCAAAAUUAGUUCUCAUUUCUGUCAAAAAUGCAUAAAAUGUAACCUAAGAUUGUUUAGGUGCAAUGUUUGUUCAAGAUCCUAGAAAAAUGUUUAAAAUCAUUUUCUUCUACUCCGUAAAUGAACUAUUGACAGGCUUUAUUAUUUUUGUUAUUGUUUAAUUAUUGAAUAAAGAUAUUCAAGAAAACGA